CUCAUUUGGAUGGGGCGGUUUGCAUGAAUGCAUAAACUACUUCAGCUAAUGGUAUAUUGUAGUGUACAAAAAAAUAUAUAAAUCCCUCUUUCCCCACUCUCCCUCUCCUCUCUCUCCCUCUCUCUCUCUCUCUCUCUGACACGAACAAUCAAAAAAAAAAAACAAAUACUUGAGCUCAAAGGAGAUGGAGAAGAGGAGGGCAAGCUGGACCAGGGAAUGACAUCAGACUCUAUCAAAUCCAAGACAAAAAUCCAGGGCAGACCCAUAUCUGUCUCCUUUAAUUGAUUAUCUUAUGAGUUUUUAAGAGAUGGAUGGUAGGAGACACUAUUUAUUUAAUCUCCCACUUCCUAAUUUCUUCUUCUGUUCAUACAUCAUGCUUCAACCAUCUUUUAUCAUUUAUCAUCCUUAGAGCUUUUGCAGUCCACUAAUAGUGCAUUAGCAUUAGCAAGAGAAGUAUUUGGGACCCAUCUUAUAGGAAAAUCUCUUCUUUCUUGCACUCCAUCAAGAUUCCUUUUUACAACAGUUUACUGCAUUUGUAUCAAUAGUUUUUCAUGUUUUUGUGAGUACUUUCUGUCCAUUAAUUAGAGGUUAGAUAACUAGAAGGUUAUGAAAUAGGGAGAGGGGGAAAAAAGAUAGCUAAUCCCUAUUCCUUAUCUUGGUUAGACUAAGUCCUAUCUUCUGGAAUUAGAGUUGUAAUUAAAAAGAUAUUUAAACAAUAGAAUGGUGGUUUAGUGAGACGGGUUUUAAAAGUCAAAACUUAAUGGAAACUAGAGAAAUAAAUUCCUUAAAUUAUAAUAACCAGCCUCAAACCAAUCAAGAAUCAUCUCCUAGAUUGAGUUCUGCAACUUUAAACUUUUCACCUUCAUCAAACACCAUAAGAAAUGAAACCCCGAGUAACCUUCUUCAGCGAAACCACUAUCACGGAUUCAUGUUGCAGAAAGAAAAACCGGAAGCACAAAGACCCAUAAGGAAUUCAAACCUAGAUCCAGAUCCAGUUACACAAAUUCCUCAAGCAUCAACACAACCACCGCUACCCCCAUCAAUAACUGCUCGAGGCGUGGCUGCAGUGGUGGUCCGGUAUCGUGAAUGUUUGAAGAACCAUGCUGCCAGCAGGGGUGCUCAUGUUUUGGAUGGGUGUGGGGAAUUCAUGCCUAAUGGAGACGAUAACACCCCAGAAGCACUAAAAUGUGCAGCUUGUGAAUGUCACCGAAGUUUCCAUAGGAGAGAGGUGGAAGGUGAAUCGCAGUCAACUUAUCACACACAGCAUAUAGCCCAACCGCCUCGUGCAACUGCAGUACAGCUACCACCAGCACCAGCACCAGCACCUCAGCCGCAACGCCAAAGGUAUCAUCACCCAAUGCCACCAAUGAUGAUGGCAUUUGGUGGUGGAAAUGGGGCACCCGCAGAAUCUUCCAGUGAAGAUCUUAACAUAUUUCGGACAUAUGAUGGAGUGCAAUUGACGGCACAGACAUCAAAAAAAAGAUUUCGCACAAAAUUCACUCAGGAGCAGAAGGACAAGAUGCAUGAUUUUGCAGAAAGAAUUGGGUGGAAGAUUCAAAAGCAGGAUGAACAUGAUGUUUUAAGAUUCUGCAAUGAAGUUGGUUUGAAGAAACAAGUGUUCAAAGUGUGGAUGCACAAUAACAAACAAGCCACUAAGAAGAAUGAACUGUAAGAUUGCUAGAACUUAUGCAAGCUUAUAAUAGUUAGAACCCUUGUUUUCAAAUGGGUUUAUCUUUUCUAGACUUUAAUGCAUAUAGAUGUACACAUAUUACACUUACAAUCCUAUUGCUAAUCCCACAUUUUGGCUAUGAUUAUAAAUUACGUUUUAUUAGCGGUUA